UUCAUCUCAGUGCUGUAACUUUAAUAACUCUCCAGGACUCACGUCUGUCUGACACACAACAACACUGGGAUUUUAUUUAGAUUGUUCUGAAAUAUCAGGCUGUUAAACCAACCAAUACAAGGUCAUAUCAUCAAGACGGUGAACUUUACAUUCAGCUUCAUUUACACUUGAAUGUGUCUGUUUAAGAGAGGAAUUUGUUAAAAGUGAAAGUAACUUUCAGAUCUCAUACCAGAACAGGGAGUGACAUCGUGUGAGAAAAUGGCUUCUCGUUCGUCUCUCCCAGAGGAGGAUUUGUCCUGUACGGUGUGCCUUGACAUCUUUAAGGAUCCUGUCAUGUUGUCAUGCAGCCACAGCUUCUGCCAAGCCUGUCUAAAGGAAUGCUGGAAAGACAAGGAAUCUCGGGAAUGUCCACUUUGCAGGGGAAGAUCCUCUAAGGAUCAACCCCUUAUGAACCUUUCUCUAAAGAACCUGUGUGAGGCCUUACGGGAAAGGAGACAGACAGAUCCAACCACAGGGUCCAAGGUGCUCUGCAGUCAACACAGUGAGAAACUCAGUCUGUUCUGUCUGGAGGAUAAAGAGCCCAUCUGUUUGGUGUGUCAGGUCUCAAGGAAACAUAAAGAUCAUGACUGUAUCCCUGUAGAUGAGGCUGUUCAGGAUCACAAGGAGGAAGUCCAGACUGACCUGAAGCUCUUACAGGAGAAGCUGAAGGUCUUUAAUGAAGUUAAACAAACCUGUGAUCAAACAGCUGUGCACAUUAAGAGCCAGGCACAGCACACAGAGAAGCAGAUUAAGAAGGAGUUUAAGAAACUUCACCAGUUUCUACGAGAAGAAGAGGAGGCCAGAAUAGCUGCUCUGAAAGAGGAAGAGAAGCAGAAGAGUCAGAAGAUGAAGGAGAAGAUUGAGCAGAUGAACAGAGAGAUAUCAUCACUUUCAGCCACAAUCAGAACCAUAGAGGGGGAGCUGAAAGAUGAAGACAUCUCAUUCCUGCAGAACUUCAGGACCAUGAAGGAAAGAGCCCAGUGCACAAUGCCAGAUCCACAGCUGCUGUCAGGGGAGCUGAUAGACGUGGCCAAACACCUGGGAAACCUGACGUUCAGAGUCUGGGAGAAGAUGAAGGAGAUCAUCAAACACACUCCUGUGAUUCUGGAUCCCAACACUGCAUCUUCCCGUCUCUGUUUAUCUGAUGAUCUGACCAGUGUGAGUCGAACUGGCCCAAAGCAGCAGCUCCCUGACAACCCAGAGAGAUUCAUGAAGUAUCCAACUGUUCUGGGCUGUAAGGGGUUCAGCUCAGGUAAACACAGCUGGGAGGUGGAGGUGGGGGACCAUCCUGACUGGAUUUUGGGCGUGGCUAAAGAGUCAACUGACAGGAAGGGGGAGGUGUAUAUAUCACCAAGGUAUGGAUUCUUGGCUAUACUGCUGAGGAGUGGUAUGUAUAAUAAUGGAAAAGGAAAGCCCCUCCUCCUGAAGAAGAAACCCCAGAGGAUCAGAGUUCAGCUGGACUACGACCAGGGGGAGGUGUCCUUCUACGACUCCAUAGACAUGACACUCAUCUACACUCAUAAAGACACAUUCACUGAGACUCUCUACCCAUUCUUCUCUAUUGGAUCAGCUGGUGAUGCCAUAAGCACUGGUGUUCAGAUCUGCCAAUCAGAGGUGUCAGCCCAUGUCAGUUAAACAUGUUGUAUUGGUUAAUUAGUCUAGUUAAUCUAGCCAGCUAUCUAAACUAUUCAUCAUGACUGAAUUACUAACCAUGCAUGCAGGGUACGUGCCCAGGGGCCCUGACCUCCAGGGAGCCCCAAUUGAUCAUGUUGUGUAGAAUUGCAUGAAAUUAUGUGCAAAACUACAAAAUAAUUGUUCUGUAAUGCAAACUCAUAUGUUAACUUUUUGUUAAUAAAACUCUUCUUCUGCAAACAGG